CUUGAAGGACUUUUAUUUUUUUUUACUUGUACCAUUUAUUUAUUUUCCUUCUAUGAACAUGGCAAAUGAAACAUCUGAUGCUGCUACUUACGCUGCUGUUUAUAUUGGAGUGGAAACUGUGAUUGGAAUAUCAGCAGUUCUGGGUAACAUUCUGGUGAUUUGGGCUGUUAGAUUAAACCCAAGUCUUCAAACUACAACCUUUUAUUUCAUUGUAUCUCUGGCACUGGCAGACCUUGCUGUGGGUUUUUUAGUCAUGCCACUGGCCAUUGUUCUUAGCCUGGGAAUACAUUUUCAUUUCCACGUGUGCUUAUUUAUAUGCUGUUUCAUCAUCGUGUUAACCAACGCUUCCAUCCUCUCCUUGCUGGCCAUAGCCAUUGACAGGUAUCUGCGAAUAAAAAUACCAACCAGGUACAGAACUGUUACAACUAGGAGAAUUGGCUUGUCUGUCUGCAUUGUCUGGAUAAUAUCUUUUCUGGUGGGUAUGGUGCCAAUGUUUGGAUGGAACAACAGGUUCAGUCUCAAUGAAGAACACCAGCAUUACCUAGACUGCACAUUUGAAAAUGUCAUGAGUAAAGAAUAUAUUAUCAACUUUUAUGUUUCUGGAUGGGUCUUUCUCCCAUUGAUAAUCAUGCUGAUUUUGUACAUUGAAAUUUUCCGCCUCUUAAGAAAACAACUGAAACAAAAUCCCACAAAUUAUGCAAAAAAAGGAGUGUUUUAUGGAAAAGAGUACAAGACUGCAAAAUCCCUAGCACUGGUCUUAUUGCUUUUUGCAUUAAGUUGGUUACCACUGGCCAUUCUGAACUGUGUACAGUUCUACAACCCAAAUGUGAAAAAGCUUGGCCUAUAUCAGCCUACAAUAUUUCUCUUCAUAUUGUUGUCCCAUGCCAAUUCUGCAAUGAACCCAAUCAUCUAUGCUUUCAAAAUAAAGAAGUUUAAAGAAGCCUACAUUCAUAUUCUAAGACCUAAUGUUAAUGCAGAAGUCUAUGGUUCCUGA